AUGGAUGAUAUUUUGUUCCCAAAAAAUUAUCCAACAUAUCUGGAGGAGUUUAGAGCGGAAUGGUUGGUAGACCCAACUAGUAAUUCAAUUUAUUAUGGGAGAAGAGAACACGAAUUUAUGAAAGGUUGGGAGGGAGUCUCAGUAGCUGAGACACUAGCUGAAUUCAAUUUUGUUGACCUGGUUUCUAGUCUACUAUCUUCGCCAACUGUGAAAAGAGGGAAAGUCGUGGUAAGACCCGAUAGAUACCACUCCACAUGGAUCCAUUAUAGCUGGCAUGACUUGAAUCGACGAGAAAUUUUGUCACCAAACCUGGUCCAUGUGCAAAGACCACUCCAGAAAAACGGAAGCAAUAAGAUCACGGAAACAUGGAAAAUGGAGUUCGGCUCUUUCAACGAGACUAUAAAACAAGAAGAUAUAGAAGCGAUAGAGGAGGAUAUGAAAUUGAUGAAAGAGCUUCCGAAUAUCUCAAAGAUAUCACAGAAAAUCCCGAAAUCAGAUUUUUACCUCCCUAUUGUUUUUGAUUGUUACUACAAAGCGUUUUAUGGUGCUGCAUUUGAUAACAAGCCCGGAGGAUUCGGAUGUCCUAAUGCAGAUUUAUGUGAAUUGCCACAAAGGGAAGAGUAUAGAUGUGUACAGUACUGGCCAUAA